AUGCAUCUGUCUCGUACACUGGAAUGGGUGGUGUUUUUACCAGGAAUUCUUUUUGGAAGACAUGUUCUUCCAAUUCUCGUUGUGUUGAUAUCUCUUUUCAUUGAUUUUGAAGUUGGGUUGUACUUGGGUUUGUGUUGCCUUGUCACGGUAGUGCUCACAGAGCCAAUGAAAUAUUUGUUUGGUCGUGCGCGUCCGGAUGAGGCUGCAACGGUGGGUCGCGUGGUUCCUCUGCGUAAGGAUGUGUCGAAUCCUUCAUUUCCGUCGGGAGAUAGUGCCCAAGCUGCUGUGAUUGCGGGCGUGAUCUAUUCUGUGACUGGAAGCUAUUGCUGGUUCCUGAUUCCGCUGGCGACGAUGUUCUCUCGUGUUUAUUUUGGCGCUCAUUGGAUCGGAGACACGUUGGGAGGCUUUGUGAUCGGAGUGGCUGUGGGUGUGUACGUAAUUCCCAAGAUUGUAACGGAACUGAUUUCGUUUUUCGGGGGAGAAAUCCCGGUGUAUUAUGUUUUUUAG